AUGUCAAUUUCGAAUUUGUUGCAACGACUUGAAGUGAAGCCUACUGAUGAUGAAUUCGAGAGCAUCCAGACCAGUAGGUGGGGAAAUAAGGAUGUUUAUCCUGUAGCUCACGACAAGCGAACUUAUGGUGUUUAUGCAUUUGUUAGUUAUUGGGGUAUGUUUUUCUGCUUACUCUAUCCUUUCGAGGAAACAAUGCUAACCUGCCAUAGGAACCUGCGGUAUUUGCUUGUCGUCGUGGACCAUUGGUAGUAGUUUGAUUGGAAUUGGCCUCACUCCUGGACAAGCAAUGGCUUCUGCGGUAUGGAAAUCCGAGCAUUCCUCAGAAUGCGAUGAAUACCGACCAAUAACGAUCACUAGACGAUUCGUAUGCUCUUGGCCAGCGGCACCGCUUUUCUGAAUGGUACACCUGGUGCAAAACACCACUUAGGCUAUGGCAUGCUCAGUCGUGCCGCUUUCGGGCUUUUGGGGCUCUUACUUUUGUAUUAUGCUGAAUGUUUUUCAAUAUUUUGUUUUCUACGUGAGUAUUUCCCAGGAAGAGCAUUGGAACCAGAUACUGAUCAAUUGCAGGGUACUCAAAUGUACUUUGGUGGUCAAGCUUUUGUUAUCAUUUUGAACUCGAUAUUUCCGACCUUUUUGCGAAUGAAGAACACACUUUCACCAAGGUAUGUCAAAUUUGAUACUGUUAGUGCUAUGGUGCUAUGCUGACUAUUUAGUGCUGGUAUCACGACUCCAGGUUUAAUUGGAUUCGUACUAUUUAUCAUCCUCUACUUCCCAAUCAUCUACUACAUCCCAGCAUAUAAAAUUCAAAAGCUUUUGGAGGUACAGAUCGUAAUUGCGACUGCUACUCUGCUGGGCAUCAUGGGAUGGGCGGUACAUGUAAGCCUCUGUCCUGAAUAAAUCUUUGGAAGAAGUUAAUGCUAACAGGUUUGAAGAUGAACGGUGGAAGUCCGGGAGAUCUAGUAUCACCAGCUAUCAAACAAACUUACCAAAGCCGAGACUGGACUUCGUAUUAUGCAAGGCAUCACAUCUGUCGCCGGGACAUAUACAGGAGGAAGCGAUCGGGUAUCAGACUGGACGCGGUACGGACGAGCGAGACACACAUCCACGCCUGCAAUUCUUGUCCUUUUUAUAACUGUAAUCCUUACCGCAUUAGUCGGUGUGAUCUCCACCUCAGCCCUCUCAAAGGUCUAUGGCGAAAUACAAUGGAACCCUCUCAUAACACUACAAACCGUGCAAGCAACAACUUAUACACCGCUCUGUCGCGCAGGCUCUUUCUUCGCAGGUCUCGGUCUCCUCUCCGUAACCGUUUUCGUGAACUACACCCAGAACUGCGUCAGUUCAGGAAUGGACAUCGCAAUGCUCUGUCCACGAUAUUUCUCCCAACGGCGCGGGGCAAUCAUAUUCUCAAUUUGCGGUGUCCUCGCACAACCAUGGCGAUUCCUUACUGGAUCCGCGACUUUCAUAACCGUACUCUCGUCAUUUGGAGUCUUCAUGUCCCCGCAGCCGCCAUCCUUAUCGUCGACUUCUGGAUCAUACGACGCACGAAAUGGGACAUCCCCCAGCUCUACCAGCCCGGCGGGAUCUACUGGUUUACCGGCGGUGUCAACUGGCGCGCUAUGGUGGCUUACUUUAUGGGCAUGUGGCCUGCGCUUCCGGGGUUUGUGGAGGCGGUGGGGGGUUUGCAAGUUGAUAUUGUUUGGAGACGAUUUUAUCAGAUUAGUUACUUUUUUGGGUUUCUGGUUGCGGGGGGACUGUUUUGGGGAUUUAACCUCUUGGGUCCGGUGCCGAAGGGGGGACAGGUGGAUUUUGAUGUUGAUGGGCAUGUUAUUGAGGGGGUCGAGGCCGUGGAUGAGGAGAAGAGGGGGCUGGAGAGCUUUGUCGGGAAGGUUGUUGAUUAG